GCGUCGUUGCCGUGGAGACAGUAUCACCAAGACGCAAAGGGAGCCUCUCUGGUUAGAAUAACUGUUUCCAGCCUUGCUGUUGUUAACCUAGCUGUUCUCAUCGGCACGACAGUCAGAUAGACAACAGUUAACGAUAUUUUAAACGGUAAAUUGCGGUAAUUUGAUGUUUGGUGAACCUUUAGUGCCGAGGAGCAGCUGACGUUCAAACCAUGACGCACGCAAAUUAUGACGUUUAUGAGACAGUGAUGCGGGAGCUAAAAAACGUCGUCAUCUGCGAUACUGAUGAAACUAAAGAAAGGGAGGAAGAUUUUUCAUUUCAAGAAGCGACGGUAAGUUUAACUUAGGUUUGAGAGGAUUAUUACAGGUGUUUCAUUGAUGUAAGAUAGCUAACUUUAGCUAGUUUCAGCUGUUUUUAGCAUAUCAUCACCCUUUUAAAACAAUGGCCUAAGUCAUUUUAGGACGAAAAUGAGUUUUUGGCCUAAAUCAUCUCUUGAUAAUGCUGACCAUCUCUGGUAAAAUCCCCUAAAUCCUUAGUUGACAGGAUCAUGGCAUGAUCAGUUUUAACUCGCAUGCUGUUAAUGCAUUAAAAAUAUACUUCUCUCCUAAAGGAUAUCCAUAAAAGCCAUAUUUCAGUUCUCUUUUCACCACCAUGUUGUUGUGAUGCAAUGUAAAAUAACGCAGGGGAGAGUGGGACAAGUUGAGCCACUCCCUGUUUCUUGGAAAUGGUCCAAGAAAUUGACCGUGUGAUCAAAUAUUUAGGAAAUGGGCAUCAAUUCAUGGAGUCUGUGAAGGUUAGAAGCACAUGGGUGAAGGGGUUAGACAUUUAUUUACAACAAAGAAAAUUUUUCACUCUUGAAAGUGUAUUUAAUCUGUUAAAAGUUUUAUUAUAAUUGUGUUCAGAUCAAAAAAGAUCAUUUUAAAUUUGUUUUAUACAUCAAUUGUGGUAUCGAUGAGCUACAACAUGAGGUCAAAAACCUAGCAUAGAAGUCCACCAUUUUAGUUUAGAGGACUAAUAGAGUCAUCAUAGUAGUUCUAGGGUAACUGAGAAAGUAAAGGAGUCUGUAAAGGAGUAAAGGAGUACCCCGCUCCUAUGGUCAACUUACCACAUACAUGGGGUAAGUUGACCAUAGGAGACCACUUAUUUUUUGCAUGCUAUAUUAUCAAGACAGUUAUGUUUACACUCAUUCUGCUGGUUUGCAGGGCUGAACAACAUCUUGAAUAUAUGCAGAUACACUAGUUAGAGACAAAACUAUGAUUGCCUCGAUGUAGUGAUCCGAAAUAUGAAAAAUGGCUCAUCUUACCUUUACUCUCCCCUACUCUUUUCACCCUUAUGUUGUUGUGAUGAAAGGUAAAAUUGUAAUUUAUCUUUAUGACUACAGGAUGUAGAUGAAAUUCCAGCAUCUCUGCUCAGCUACUUCCAGAGCUCAAAAAGCCGAGCGGCAGUGUGUGAAAAGCUCAUCCUGGAGGAGCCUGAAGGUAAGCUGGUCUUUUAAACAACAUCUUCAUCAUGCAACAUUAAACCUGUUGAAGGACUUCUGCUCCAUGGGAUACAAGGACAGCAUUAAUAGCUCAUGAAUCGCCUUAUCUUACUCUGCACUUUUAUGAAUUACUAAGUUGAAGUCCACCUCAUGACGCUUUAUUUGAGUUGCUGAUCUAUGAUUAAGUUUCAUUCUUCUAAUAUCUUUGUGUUUACUCUCAGAUUUCUUUGCACCCCAUCAAACAGAGGACAUGACAGAGUUUCCUACUGAACUUGAUGAGGACAUGAAUAAACUGAAGAAGCGGGUAAACUUGUCUUUUCACAGCGUAUAGUCUGUUGUUUUUUCACUGCAUGGCUUAUUCAAAACACAACUGAUCCUCCAGUUAUGGCAAAUGACUCAGAAUCACUGUUAUCUUUGCUUGAAACAGGUGGUUUGUGACCUAGAAACUGAUGAGAGCAGCACUCCUACUGACAGCAGCUCUCCUCGUGCUCCUCAAGAGAUAGAGAAGCUUCUCACACACAAUGAAGGUACAGAACAUGUUGGAAAGAAGGCGGAGUAUGGUUGAGUUGUAAGUUUUUAACCACUAGUAAGUCUCCUUAUUAAGGUUUGUGAUGAUGAUGAAGCCUUUUCAGCCUAUUUUCAUGUUAACAGAUCCUUAAUCUGACUGCAGUUGUUUCGAGCAUUUGCGAACUCACUUGUGAAUAAAAAUCACAAAUUAUCAAUCAAGGUAGAAUUCAGUCUGGCCUUAAAUAAUCAAAGUGGAAAAAUACAGCAUAUCCGGCAAAAGAAAUGUUUAUAUUUAUGCUGGAGUUUGAGUUGUUUCCUUUUCUACCAAAGCUUGAUGAAAUCUCCAGAGUUGUAAAGCUUUUGUCCACAAGAGGUCACUGUAGUCUUGUUUUUUUGUUGCCCUGCCCUCAAGAUAAUCGAUGAAAAAAUGGAAGACAGUCUCAGGAUUAAAUUUUACAAGUGCAAAUUAAAUUAAAUGAUAUAUCUCCAUGCUUUAUUUCAGGUUAUUUGUGUCAACUGUAGUGUGAAAUUUGUGGUUACAGGGAAGACCAGAGAUGACAUGUUACAACAGAGACACAUUUUAAUGCCCAAAGGCACAGCUACUGCAGCUCUGCUGUGUUUUUCUGCUGCCUCUCUCCAGUCGUGAUUUUUUUGCUUGCUACAGGUGAAGCAGAAACAGACAAGUAUGAGGAGAGUGAGAAGCACUCAGCGUUUGGAGUGAGAACUCUUGAGAUCCCUCUUGAUGAGUAUGAGAGCCUGAGACUCAGUGAAUACGAGGCAGAGCGUGAGAAACGGCGUUGUGAGAAGGUGAAGGAGGAAGAACGCAGGAGACAAGUAGAAGGUGACUUCCAAAAGGAGCUGAAGAAGAUUGUAGAGGCAGAGAAGGUGAGUUACUCCAGACUCCCCCACGGUAACUCAGCAUGGUUACUUGCGGUAUAUUCCAGUGAACGAAAACAUGAAAUCCAGGAGCUCUCUCUUCAUGUCGACUCUUGUUCUGUGUUUGCAGAUCAAUCAGAGAGAUCUGGAGAUGAUGUGGAGGAGAGCUCAGGAAGAACUUGACCAGGAGUUGCUGCUCCAGCAGGUUGGUGUGAAUCCUCUUUGAGAGUUGAACAAAAACAUUCACUGACAUACGUCAUAUAGACUACAUAAAGGACGCUAUUCUAUUAAAAAGGCAGUGUACAGAUUAGGGAAUAUUUAGUGGUAUCUAGAGGUCAGAUUUUAGAUUAAAGCGCUCAACCGUCUUCAUGGUGAAACUCCAGGUGACGACAGUGAAAAUCCAAUCCUCCAUUUGUCAAGAUUUUACUUUUAAAAAUCAGCACAAAUUCUUUUGCACUCCACUCUCUUCUUUUUGUCUUUCAGCUGUUGCAUUUCUGUCACAGGCUUACUGACUCUCUGCUGCUGCAGAAACAUGGUGGUGCAGGACACUGGCCUUUGUGGAAAGGGAAUCCAGCAUCUUCCACCACCAUGCCUCUUGUUUGUGGAUAUAAAAGACUCAUAUAGAACAAACAAAAAAUAUCUUAUUUCCAGAUGAUUAAACACCAAUUUAAAGAUGCUUAAAGCUCCUGUGGGACAUUUUUAAUUUGCUCUGCCUCUUUAUGACCAACAAAAGCAAAAAUGAUCAUAACUAAAGAGACUGAGAAGAUUCACAAGGGGGUAGGUGUCAGAAGUGGAAACCUUAAACAAAGUAAAGAAAAACUUUUUUUUUUUGUUUUCUUUAGAGAAACUUUUCAUAAUGGAUGACUGUCCUAAAAGGCAGGAUGUCAGGUUUUUUUCCCCAGAAAAAAACCUCCCCUGUCCCGGAGCGAAUCAACCAAGAUGUUUAUUUAUUUUUAUGUGAAAUUAUUGCGCUUUUUUUCUGUUUAGGAGGUGAUCAGCAACAAGCAGAAACGAGUGGAAGAGGAGAGAAAAAGAGUGGAGGAGGAGCAGAGAAGACUGAGGGAUGAGGAGGAGCAGAGGAGAAAAAAAGAGGAAGAGGAGCAAAGGAGACUGAGGGAUGAGGAGGAGCUGAGAAGACUGAGGGAUGAAGAGGAGCAGAGAAAACUAAGGGAAGAAGAGGAGCAAAGGAGAAAAAAAGAAGAAGAGGAGCAGAGAAAACUAAGGGAGGAGGAGGAGCAAAGGAAACUACGGGAUGAAGAGGAGAAAAGGAGACUGAGAGAUCAAGAGGAGCAAAGAAGACUGAGGGAUGAGGAGGAGCUGAGGAAACUAAGGGAUGAAGAGGAGCAGAGGAGAAAAAAAGAAGAAGAGGAGAAAAGGAGACUGAGAGAUGAAGAGGAGCAGAAGAGAAAAAGAGAUGAAGAGGAGCAGAGAAGAAAAAGAGAUGAAGAGGAGCAGAGGAGAAAAAGAGAUGAAGAGGAGCAGAGGAGAAAAAGAGAUGAAGAGGAGCAGAAGAGAAAAAGAGAUGAAGAGGAGCAGAAGAGAAAAAGAGAUGAAGAGGAGCAGAGGAAAAAAAGAGAUGAAGAGGAGCAGAAGAGAAAAAGAGAUGAAGAGGAGCAGAGGGGACGUAGGGUUGAAGAGGACAAGAGGGAAAGGGAAGCGGAGAGAGAGAAGAUAGAAGCAGAGACGGGAAAGGAAGAGGAGGAUAGAAUGAAGGAGAAAGAAGAGACCAAAAUGAAGGAGGUAAAACUUGUAAAGGAGGAGGAGUGGAAAAAAGCUGAAGAGGAGAGAAGGAGAAAGGAGAGGGAGAAAACGAGAGAAGAAGAGAGAGUGUUUAAUUUGGAAAAGGAAAAACUUAGAAAAAUGAUGGAUGUGAAAGAAGAGAGGAACAAAAAAGAGGAGGAGGAGGAGGAGAAAGAGUGGAAGAGGAAUGAAGAGAGGAAAAAGAUAGAAGAGGCCAGAAAGGUGGAGAGAGAGAAAAGAGAAAAGGAGCAAGAAAAAGUUCAGGAAGAGGAAGAGAGAAACAAAAAGGAGGAGGAAAAUUUAAGGUUAAAGGAGGAAAGGAUAAAAACAGAAGAGUAUCAUAAAGAUCAAACAAAGAUUAGCAGCUCUGUCUGGAUUUCACCAAGACCUGCUCCAUCACACAUCAAGUCUGCAGUAAACCUCAUCAGUACUGAAACAACACCACAACAUAACACCACCCAGAGCUCCACCUGUGAAACCGUGGGGUGUGAAAAUCCAGCAGAAAGUCCCUCCUCUGGGUCUGAUUUUGUGUUCCUGCCAGAGCACACAGAGCUGAAGAGGCUGACCUGGAUGAAGGAGUGCAUCCCCUGGACCAAACUCUCGCUCCAGAACAGAAGGAAGCAGAGAGCAUCCUUUUCUGGUGGCAGAGGGACGAGGAGGACCAGCAGUCUGCCCCCUCUCUGCCCAGACCUUCUGCUUCGAUCUACAAGCUGGAAAUCCCUGAAAGAGGUAACUUCAGUGUCAUCAUGCAACAGUUAUUCACAAGCACAAGUGAAUAGAAACCAAGGUUGUUGCACUCUUAGUAUGCUCAGACCUGCCUCUAAUACAAACCUGGUUCAUAAAAAGGCCUGGAACCCUCUACAGUAACAGCAAAAAAAAAAUGCCUGCUCUAUAUUAGAGGAUUUACGGUAAUUCCAAACGUCAUUUCUGCCCCUCAAACCUGAAGCGUUUUCCUCUUUCACUCAGGUGACCACAGUGACCCUGGAGGACCUGCCCAGCUGCAGCUUGUCCACUCUGUCUCAGUGUACCCAGCUUCAGUGUCUCACCCUCAGACGCUGCGGCCUUAAAUCUCUGGAGGGCAUCAAACAGUUACCACAUCUUUGCUACAUCGAUGUACAGGUGAGUUUCACACCAGUGCACAAUGAGUUUAUCUGCUUGAUCUCAUUUUCUUUCAACUUUUAAUAAAAGAAUUAAUAUGUUUGGAUGAUAAGACUGUCCUUUAAGUUUUAAAUUUUUUUUUCUUUUGCAGGAAAACGAAAUCUCAUCAAUAGACUGUGAAAAUAUGGCAAACUUACGAGUUCUUAAUCUGUGCCACAACAAACUAACAUCCAUCCACGGUUUAACCGGUGCUGAAAAUUUGGAUGUACUAGAGCUCACAGACAACUCCAUCACCCGCAUCGGUGAGUGCUGGAAACUUUUUUAAAAUCUGUGAAUACUUUGUGUCUGUGCGAAACAACAAAUUGUGAUCGGGCCACAUCUCAAGUUUCAACAUGAUUUGAUUUUUUACUUAGACUGUGUGCAGAGUGCCUACUAAUGUAUAUUUUCUACCUGUGAAACUCAGUAAUGAACUCCUGCUUUGUCCACUAGUAUCCACUAGAGGGCAGCACCCCUCUUCUUUUCAGCUGUGAGCUCUAUUCGUUUAAAUGCACUAAACUUUGAAGGUGAUUUAUGGACUGGAAUCAGCCCUCAGGCUAAAGCCAUAAAAAGAUAUUAGUGAGGCGAGAGGUUAAACUCAUUGACAUGUAUGUUAAGUUGUUGGAACAGUUUGUGUGACCCACCCCCCCAAUCCUGAAAAAAACUGAAGUUUCUCAUUUCAAAUUCAGAUCUAAACUCUUUAUUUUUGACAUGCUUUAUUUUCUUUAUGUAUUAUUCGUAGCUGGUCUGGAGUCGAUGAAGAGACUGCAGAGGUUGUCUCUGGAUCACAACCAGCUGAUCAGCACCAAGGGACUGAAGGACGUGUUCACUCUGCUCCACCUGAACUGCUCAUACAACCACCUGGUCAAGGUGGAGGGUGUGGAGAACAGCGCUCUGCUCAACACUCUGGACCUGAGAGCCAACAGCCUGACUGAGGUAAAACAGAUGAUGACUAAAAGUGCUACGUCUGCAUGAGACCUUUACAGCUCUAGUCUGGACUGUACAACUACAACCUGAACCUGAGACUGAGACCUCAGCUCGUCACACAAAAUAUUAAACAUGACUUAUUUUCAUGGAUAUCACUGAUAAACACAGGAUAUAACACAAGCACGAGAAAGAGGUUCAGGAAUAUGUGCUAAACAAUAAUAAUGGAGUAGUAUUAAGUGUAAGAGGGUAAACUCAUAGGAGUAAUAGGAUAGAGGAAUAAACUGAUAUUUCAGAGAUGCAAAUAAAAAUGAGGAAUCUGGGAGUUCAGCAGAGACACACAAAUAUCGACCCAAUUACAGUCUGUAAGACAAGAAAUUGAUCACAUUUAUGAAGAAGGAAACAAGGAGAGUGAAGGUUUGAUCUUUACUCUUAAAAACUAAGGCUAACACUCUUGAUUUAUCUUGAUGAAUUUAAGUGAUUUAUUUGUUUCAAUGUUGACAAACCCUGUUGGAAAUAUGGAAAAAAAACAUAUUUUUUUUAGAUAAAGGGAAAAACAAAAAUGUUUCACAACAUAUUUAUUUUUUAUAAUAUCUUCGGUAAGAUGCAGAAACAAAUGUGUUGCAUGUCAUUUCUUUUUUCUCACACGAUCACAAACCCAACAUUUCUGUUUUUUUUGUUAUGAGUGUUUAGCAAUAGAAUAAAUCUGAUAAAAACGUACAGAUCAAUGUGAGCUACUUCAUGAAAUUGAACAUCUUAAAUCAUCACCUUGGACGCCUUCACACCUAACAGAUCAUACGUUAUAGAAACAGACUCUUUUUGUCAACACAGUGUGUAAAAAACAAACCUCAGUGUGACAGUAAUUUAACUUUUAAAUAGAUGGAACAAAUAAAGCAACACUACAUCUCACAUUUUCUGUUAGUUAAAAGAAGAUUACACAUUUUGACCAGUAUAUUUUCAGGUGUAACACACGCUCUUGCACAGCCAUAAAUUACACUAAAACACAGUUUUAUUCGAGGUUCGUGUAAAUUUGCAGGUCAAACAAACUUUUACUUGAACCUGCAAGUCUUAGAAACAUUGAAUUAAAUGCAUGAGAUGCAUUCUUGCAUGAUUUGAAAUGGAGGAGAGUACAAGAAAGUGUCCAUGAACAAAAGAAGAGGCAAUUGAACUCAUAUAAAUUUUAAUUAGAUUAAUUAAUUCCUGUUUUAAAUGACUUUUCAUUCACAGCAGUCAAUGUGUCUUUCAUGAGAAUUCUGUCGUUGUUGGAAAUUAUUAUGAACUACCGAAAAUCUUCUUUUCUGUUUUGAUUCCUGACAAGGUUAAAUUAUUAAGUAUUCAUGCACGAAAAGGGUUAAAUACGAACAAAAACAAUUAGUUCAGUAGUAGCAGCGGAGUACAACUUGCGUCUGACACUGACGACUCCAAACACAGCAGGACUUAAACAGCUGACAGUGAUGGAUGAGGUCAGUUUGGUGAUACUGGACCAGCAGCAGAGUGAAGUUAGUCUAACCCCACAUUGUGACCAGUUUCACUUGUUAUCUUUACCCUGUCCGUCCAUCAGCCCCCCAGUCUGAACAACCAGGUCCUCCUCAGAGAGCUGCACCUCGAUGACAACAGCAUCUGCUCCCUGCAGAGUCUCGCUGACUGCUGGCUUCCCCUCUUGCAGCAUCUCUCUGUGGCCCAGAACAGGUACGGAUCCUUCAAUCAGAGUAACAGCCCCGAUUUAAGAUGUGGACCAGCUGAAAAUGAGUCUCUGUGUUUGCAGGAUUACUCAGCUGCCCUCCAUGUCUGACGCCGUGUCCCUCGCAAACAUUGAUCUUCGAUUCAACUGCUUGUCAGGUACCAGAUUGUCCUGAUUUUACAAGCUGUGAAAUCAAUUUUUUUCUCAUUAUAAAAGCACAUGAACUGCUCUUGUGGCAGUAAAAGUAUGAUCUUUACAGCUUAGAUAACGGGACACUCUCACCUCGUCAAUUUAGCCAAUUUUCUCUCAUUUAAACUAAAAGCUCACAGACUUUCUCGCUAUCCCUGAGUCUCUCUGCUUUGCUCCUCUAAGUCACAGAUUUGGUUUAAUAAAAAAGGUACAACAGCAAUAAAAGUACAUGCAGAAACAUGUCUGAUUUUAUCUUUUCUACAUGAACCCUCUAAGUGCAUGUUGGCUCAAUGGCAGCUGUCCAACUACAGCAAAUGACACCGCAGAAAAAAAGAUGAAUUAAGGGACUUGGAGCGUGUUUCUGUUUAUUUCCUACAGUUAAUUUGUAAAAUGAGGAAUAGACUUAAAAAAAGAAACAAACGUUGACAAGGUUGAGUUUUUCUUCUUCAGAGCUCCAGAGUGUGAGUGAAAGUUUGAAGAAGUGUCAGUUCCUUCAUGAGCUCCACCUCACAGGGAAUCCUCUUCAGCAGGAGAGCGGAUGGAGGUAAGGUAUCAGUUUUCUCUGCUUGUACAACUGCAAUUCAAAGAUGUGUGCGGCUUCAAAACUUGUAUAUAUAGUUCAGAAUUAGCGGUGCAUUCUCAGGUGUGUAAGCCACCCUCGCCGUCCUCUUACCUUCACGUAUGUUGUCACUGAAUUAUAAGCUGAUAACAAGAAAACCAGAGGACGAGUGUCACGUUUUAGAUCACAGGGUGGGUAUCUACACCUCUGUAUCAUGAUUCUCUCUUUGCACGGUGCAGGUUUAACCCUGCAUGAUUAUUGCAGGUCAUUAUUGGAGGUCAUUUUUAGCCCAUGCAGUGAUUUUCACCACAGAGUCAUUGCUGCCUGAGGGCCUGAGGAUCAUGGCGGUCCAGUCUUGGUUUUUAGCUUUCUCUGUUUUUUUGUUUUUCCUCAGAUUUUUGAUCUUUCACUUUUAUUUAUCAUUUAUUAUGAGAAUGGAACAAAUCUUUUGCAAUUUCAUGCUAAAAAAAGUUAAAAUUAUUAAACAUAUCUGAAAUUGUCCCUCCUGAGUGAUCCAGUCCCUCUUGAAUAUCCUAUUUUUACCAGCCAUGAUGUAUAUUAACCUGCUGCAGAUCAGCUUUAUCAAUGCAAGUUGUUUCAUUUAGUGUUAUUAAGUAUUUUUUGUGUUUCUUCCCUAAAUUUUUGUUGCAGAGAUUAUUUUUGAAAAGAGCAAAUAUUUUUUAAAAAUGCCAUCUCCAACAUUUGAUGUGUUUUCUUUUCACUAUUUUCAAGUAUAUUUAAGUUUAAAAUAAUCCAUAACUCAUGAAAAUCUGUUUUUAUCAGCAUUUCCCACAGUGCCCCUCCUUUCUUGGGAUUGUAGUUGUAAAUUGGUUUGAGUUGCUGUAAGUUUAUCGAGUGCUUUCCUUCGACUUCAGCACUCGCUCCUCUGCUUUACCGAACUUCCAUCAAGAUAGCGUAAUCAGAAAUUUCCGUUGUUCUUGCUGGAAAUUCUUUGGACAAAAGUUAAAGUUUCAGCUUCCUUCGCUGUGAAAUAUCAGUCCCUCGGUGUGACGGAUGUUCAAAGGAGCAUACCAGAGAAAAGCCUCCGCUUCUCUAUCACAAACUCGGUCUGUUGGCUGAGGCAGUCUAAACAUUCCUGCAGAACUCAGGGCCUUCCUGUCCACUUCCCAGGAUUAGCACUGUGAUCCGCGUCCGCUAUUAGAUUACCGCGACGUGCCACCGACACCCGUGUGUACGCACUUUGCACUAAGUGCUCGUAAUUCCCCCAAAUAUUGGUGCAACAGAGAAAUCAAUUAUCCUUUCAGCUCAAUUUGCUCUUUCACUUAUCGUGCUCGGAUUUUUGACCGAUGUUAGAACAGUUGAAGUGAGUUUAUAUGAAAAAUAUGCAAUGACCACUUACAAUUUUCAUGCCUCUGUUGGCCUGUCAUGAGCAAUGAUGUCAGCUGUUACCCGUUUGCUAAAUUAUUUGGCUCCUCAGGGCGACGCACACCCACUAAGUCAUGGCAAAACAUGAAAAACUAUACCUCGCUCGCCCAUCCAAAAAUUCAGUACGAGUUGAGCUUGAAUCAAAGCUUUUAUGAGUUGUUUAGAUAACCCCGUCUUUUCUUUUGUGUGGGAGGGUUUCUUUUUUCAAAUUUUGGACACUUUGCAAAGGUUUCUACCAUCAAAAUAUUCACUCAGAAGAGCUGAACGCCAUGUAGAGGCACGGAGCAGUUUUGUUUUAUGUGCUGCAGGCUGUUUGGUUCAACAACAGCUGCAGUUUUGUCCAAUUUUUUUGAGUAGUUUCUCUCUUUAUUGGGUAAUUCUCAGCCCUUAAAAACAUGGCUUACUCAUAUCCCCGUCUCAAGCCUUAGCUGAAACAUUACCUUUAUAUUUCACUGAACUUUACUUAACCUCCUAGUGCCAACAGUGGAAUUAACCCUCUGUGUUUCCACCCUCAUGCCCCAGCCCUUUCAUCCUGAGCCAGUGAUAACACCGGCUAAAUUAAAGCACCAAAAGGCAAGCGCUAAGAAUUAAACUCCCCGUAGGCAGCCCCCUGAUCCAAAGAGCGAAAACUCCAGCCCUGAUUAAUCAGAGCCACUUUAAGAGCAUGUGUUUUGGAGGAAGUCUUCACUAAAUGAAAUACGGACUUGUGUUCGUUCGGGCCGGAGGAGGAGGAUAGAGGAAUGUGGGGCCAGAAGUGUGUUUCCCUCAGAAAGGAGGAGAGACAUUUAUAUCAAUUUAGGAAAGGUUCAGGUUCAAGUCCAAGUGUAGUCAGCGUAGUAAUGGUUGCAGGGAGAGACAGAGAUUAAUCGCACCUAAGCUGUGGUUCUCUCUCUGAGAAAUUAUAAUUCAGAUAUAUAGAGAAAGUUCACCAAUCUUUAGCUCAUGGAAAAAUGGUUGAUGCUUAAAAAACUGAAUAAAAUCUGUUAAAAUCAACGCGGUGGUUGUGACAACAAAACCGGCAAAACUUAGCGUCUCCAGUCCUUUAAUGAAAUUCAUCAACUGCGAACAUCCACGACUGAUGGCAUCUAAUUAUUAAGCACAUGCAGCCCAGUGCUCUUUCCCCCAGUGUGUCAAAGUGGCGUCUAAUCCUCAAUUGAAUUACGCUCCCCACCUCAAUGAGCUCAUGUAACGAUGGAAAAGUCCUAUUUGGGUUUGGAGCUUCAUUUGAAGGCAGCCAGUCAGCCAGACAACGCGCCCGAAGGGUUGGAAUCUAAUCCCGAUCCGUGUCGAAGAGACCAAGUGGGCCACAUCAAAAACCCUCUGAGAAUUCACAGACCCCUGUCCUUUGCGGUCAUGUCUUUGUCUCAGGGUAGCAGGAUGGUCUGGAGAGCUCUGCAUGGCGUAGGAAUGCUGUACCAACAGUUUGCACGGGUUUCAGGCCCCUGCAAGGGUCAAAAAAGAGGUCAUAAUCUGUACCUGAAUUAGGGCUGAACGAUUGAUCGAUUUUAAAUCAUAAUAGGAUUAUAUCACGAUGUUAAAAAUCUGUUGUUUCGUGCCUCCAGGCCACCGUAGGCGCCAACUUCCUGCAAGAGCACUCCCCAGUCCCCGCACACACCAGUGUAAACAAAUGUAGCGUUUGCAAAAGACGGCGAAAAUUUUGUGGCUAAACAGGGCAAAAGCAAACCACUCCUCGCUGCAAAGUCUGUCUGAUGGCGGUGUCAAUCCGUUCACACGUCCCUGAAACAAAUUGAGGAGUAAAUGCAAAAGUUUUUUGUCAUAUUGGCGUUUCGGUGACUGUAAACAAUGCUUUUUGAAAACGGGUCAGAGUUUACAUAAACCCGUAAACAGCCACCAUUUCAUCUUGGUGUGGAUGCCUAUCUGCAUCUCUCGGAACAAUUAUGUGACACACAACGUAACUCUUUUAUGGCGCCUGCGUGUGUCCGGCUAAAACAACCUCUAAACGCAUGCUCUGUACUCUUCUUCUGUCUUUUGUACAUUUCCUGUGCAGUGUUACAGCGCCACCUACUGGCUUGGCAUAUGCACAUCAUCGUUUCCAGCGGUUUUGUUUUGAGAGAUGAUAGAAAAACUUUAAAAGCGAAGUUGUCACUGAAUAAAAAAUCGAAAUCAAUAUACAAAAUCGAGUUUUCAGGAAAAAAAAAUCAAGAUUUUAUUUUUUGCCAAAAUGAUGCAGCCCUAACCUGAAUUGACCAGAUGAUGCUUUUGUUUCUCUGGAUUUAAGACUUAAGAGAAAAAGUAUGUAAAACCAGUUUGUUACGAGCUGGCGAAAUCCCCUUUAACACGUUUUAUCCCCCUUUGGUGACUCAGCAGACAACAUUUAAGAGCCCGUGGUGCUCUGAGAGUCAAUUUAGAAAAGAAACACAGUGUUUUAAAUAUAAUGUUUUAAAUAUAUAACUUCAUCGCCUGAAGGCUUGUAUUUUUACGGGUUUUAUUGUUGCCGUUCCCCAGUGUCCUAUUGAGUUUCCAGCUCCACAUUUUCCCACUGAAGACAGACCACAUUUGGCCUCUGCUGGUGGACGCUCUGAGUCUGUUUCUCUGGCAGAUUCCUCUGCUUGGACAUCCUUAGCCUCGGGCAGUUACCUCUCCCCCAGACUCACAGUCAUGUAGAAAUCUCAUUCUGCAUGAAGCUGAUUCACCAUUUGUAGAGUUUUGAGUGGCUUUGUAACUAUUCUUGUGAAAAAACAUAUAAAGUUAAUGAUAAACUACCUCCAUAUGUAUUCUGACUAUUUUAUUUCCUACGUCUGAGAGAGCAUUUCCAUUGGGGGCGUGCGAUCUGAUGAUCUUAGAUCGUGAAGGAUUAAAAAGUCUUGAUCUGCUAAAGCACGAAGAUUGUAGAACCGUCUGUAGUGCGCAUUGUAUCCAUAACGUGUGUCUAAAUAAUUUUCUUGCCCUCUCAAAUCAAAAUUUCAGAAGUUAAGAGAGCACAUUUAAAUUUACCCACAGAAUUAAUGUGUUACACGUCAAUAAAAGUAACUGCAGUAGUGGAAAAAUCCGCCAAAAAAAAAAAGACAAGAUACAGAAUCCACUCUGCUGCCCAGGGAAAGAGGAUUUUUAUUAUUUUAAUUUGAUUUUUAUUAUUUAAAGACUAUAAAACUACCUGACAUUUUUGUAAAUGUUGACUUUUGUGUGUGAAGUUUUAUUUUAGGUUCAAAUUUAUUUGAGAAUGAGACCAUCCAGUCAGACCCGUCACCCCCCCCCCCCCAAAAAAAAAAAAAAAAAAAAAAAAGAAUUGUAAUAUGACAUCUUUUCGAUAUCGCCCACCCCUAAUUCCCAUCGAAUUCUCAUAAAUAGAUCAAUAUUGUCAGUCCAGAACCUUAAACUGACUUGUUCCUGUUGCUUUAACAACAUCCUGCAUUUCUCACUCGAUCCAGAAGACAGUUUACACUCAGGUUUAUCAUGAAAAGUUCAUUUAUUCCUGUAAACUUACUUUAAACUGUGGCGUUAAUGGCUGCUGAUCCGUGAUCUGAGUUUCUCUCCAUUUCAGGUCCUCUCUACAGAAAGCGUUACCUGGUCUGAGAGCCAUUGAUGACCAGCAGACAGACUCCUUUUCGUCGCCCCCUGCUGUUUCAGUUCAACAGGUCAGCUCGACCUCAGGCAGCUUCCUCACCUUCUGUCAGGCCCAGCUUCAGCAGACUCAGGAUUUGGAGCAGGAGCACAGUGAGGAGCUCAGGUAAGACAAAUGACUGACUGCUUAUGUAGAUGUGCUGUUGGUGUGCGACAGCUGAAAACUUAAAAUGUACCUUUUCUAGAGCUGUAAACCAUCAAGAGGGAAAAAGUACCAUCAAGGUUUCCAGAUAGAGUUGUUUUCAUCAUGAUAGUUUGCUCUGAUGCUGACAGCAGAGAUCAACUAUUUGUACUGCCAAUUUUCCGCUCGGUUAGAAAACACACUUACAUCAUUUGUGUCGGUAACAUUAGAGGCUGGAUUUCUCAAGCACUUUGGAAGCAGCUAAUGGGAAGGAAAGAGGGGAUUUGUUCUUUAGGAUUUAUUUUCUGGAUGUCUUUAGAGGAAAAAAAACUGACAUAUUUCAGAUGUCAUUUAUUCUCUACAUUUUUUAUCUUCUUCAGUGUUUGUCCACCGUUUAAACUCCAUAUUUAACUCAAACUACUGCAAAUACGGCUUAUCCAGUUUUGACACUGAAAACAUAUUGGUUUAUUGGAAUGAUAUGCUCAUUUUUAAUCUGAAAAACACCGGAAAAGAAAAAAGUUACAAUAAAGUAUAGAUAAUAUUUCAAUAUAUGAUAGAUUUUUAAUAUAAAGUGCCACUUAUUUUUGUCUUUUAAUUCAUCUUUUGUCCCUCAUCCUCGAAAAGUUCCUUUAUCUCACUUAAAACUCCUCCCAACUCUCUGUUAAAAAAAAUUAAAGUUUAACACCAAAGAAAAGAAACACUCCUCCACUUAUCAGACUUGUUUGCAAACGGUUUGUAAAAAAAUGCAUUACAGUGAGACCCAGUCUCUUAGAAGUGAAGAUGGGAUGAGGUUAACCACUGUGUAAGUCGCUGCUUUAGGAAAUCUGUUCAUCAGUUUCUAAUGAAUGUUCCUCGGUAUAAAAUUGCAAAGAAUUUGAAGAUUUAUCUAAAGAUUUUGGAGAAACCUCUGUAAAAAAAAGGGGCAAGGAUGAAAUCAGGACUGAGUGGCUGUGAUCUUUGGGCCCUCAGGAGGCGCUAUAUUGACAAUUAAGUGGAAAUCUUUAAAAAUUAUUGUUAGUAUAUAGUUAGUCGCUGCAUCUGCAAAGAGAAAACCAGAUACAAACAUGAUCCAGAGAGGCCGGCGACUUCUCUGGUUCUGAACCGAGUUGAGGUGGAACACCGUCCUGUGGUCUGUUUAAUCAAAAUAAAACAUUUCUUCUCGUCCCACCUUCUUUUGAACCAAAAUAAUCCAAAUACUCUCUUUUGUAAAGGGGGAAGAACUUUUCAAGUCAGCCAAACAUUUUUCUCAACAAUCACAGUUUGGUUAAAACUUCUGAUAACAAAAAAGUGAUGAAAAAGUGCUGACAUGCACAUGAGUUAGGGGCCCAUAAAGGAUAAUUACACACUUUAAAGGAAAGGAAUAAAACAGAUAACUUGGCCUAAAUAGAGGACACUGAAAAAGGUUGUAAACUUCGAUAUAAGAGGUUUCUUCACACCUUUUAUCUUCUGCCUGUGAAGGAGACAGACCCACGGUCAGGAAUGUUAGCUAUCCUCUUGUUAUGUCUGAUACAUAGGGUGAGGUGAGCCUAAAGACAACGUCCACCUAUUUUCACUACUCCUUCGAUGUCACCGGCCUCAGCGCACUACACUGACACUCCUGUGCACGUCGGACCACCAACACUUAAAACGGUGGUCAACUUUCUGCUUAUCUUCAUGACCCCUCCAAAUUACACAGCACAAAGGAUGAAACGUGGCCUGGGCUACCCGUGCGGGUCACUCUGAGGACUCCUAUGGCUUUGGGGUAGCCUGGCGCUCCCUUUGCCUCACCCCUCGCUGAGAGCCCUCCAUCCCCCCUUGGCCUCUGGACAAUGAGCUAUUCUGGCGGCUUUGCGAGGGGCCGACACAGCCGUUUAACCCCUGGCCCGACCUCGUGUCUGACUGGGGUUUAGAGGAGGUGAGAAGAGUGCCACACGUCAGUCUAAUGCUGACUGUAAGGUGGGGAACUGUGGGCUUUUUCAGUAUCUGUCUCGAACUAAACGCCUCAAUUUUAUAUGACGCAUAUAUUUUCUUUAAUUAACUCAACUUGAUAACUGAGGAGUCCUUCUCAUUUGACAAACUUUCUCGCAGCUUCAACCGUGGAAAACAUUUUUCGUCUUGCUCACUCCUGCGUUCUUGUAUCAGUGGUUUACACACUGAUAGUGACCCUGCAGUGAACCAGCAGGUACCAGGGACUCGGGUCAGAAAGGUCACAAUCCUUUCGGACCUCCCGACUCCUCUCCCCGUCGUCCCGCUGAGACUGAAGAGCUGGGUCUUUGUAGAGAAGAGGCUGCACUACCCAAGGCUAGUCGCCCUCCAGACUGACAGGGUACUGAAGAGUCUCUGCCCCCCCAGGGGAGUGGAGCAUUGCUAAUAGAUCCAUUAAGUUUCUAUUGAGGUGUCUUUGUAGUCAGUUUAUCCCCUCAAUGAAAGAGACAUUAUGUGGUUUUUAAGGCACACACACGCUAACACAUUCGGCUCUUCUUUAUCACCUCAGAUGAACCGGUAGAACCCAUUAAUCUGGUAUUACACGCCUCCACCUCUGUUGCAGUGGAGUGGAUUGAAUUUCUCCAUUAAAUAUCAAGAAACCUAAUUACUCUUCACCUCAUGUGAUCGUUGUUAGAGUUGCAGCUGCUUCCACUUUGUUUGUUUGAAUCCUUUUAUUGCAUAACACUACUAAUUCACUAAGAAUAAUGAGAUUUGUCUUGGUGUGGUUUCUCGAUUAUCACUCAGAUUUUCUUUGAAUAUCUAAAAAGUUGAAUUCUGUGAUUUUUUGCUUUUUGAAUUAUAGGUUUUCUGACUUAAUCUUGUCUGGGCAGAAUCAGGUGGUGACUGGUCCAUUUUUAAAGUUAAAAUGACCCACGGUUCUGUGGUGAUUGACUUGUGUUUGUAAAAGUGUUAUUAUUAGUCAGAAAACCAUGGAAGUCAAUUAGAUUAGAGUUUGCCCAUCAGGUCUGCAUGUGUCUUGUAGACCUAGAGUCUCCUCGGGGUCUUGUGGAAGGUACUACAAGUCAUCUGAUCCCUGUAUGAUAGGGUGACCAUAUAUUCUCUUUUACCCAGCCAUGUCCUCUUUUUUUGGGGGCUGUCAAGCCUGUCUGGGGGAGUUUAUAAAGUCCUUCAAAUGUCCGGGUUGUUGUAUGAAAGUUUUGAGUUUGUGUAGCCUGGACUAGCUAAGUUAGAAGCGCAUAAAAAACACUCAACCCGACCCCAAAAAAAACCCUAUAAGUUUUGCGCGUGACUCCGCCCCGCAGUAGAGUCCUAUUAUGGGGGAUUCAGAAUAUGGUCACCCUACUGUAUGACCAAAGUGACAGGUAUGUACGCACACUUGGCACAAAGUCAGACAAGUGUUGGUAUCUGCUGACCUUCCCAAGGGUUGCCUGUUGUCACUGAUCCCAUUUGUGAUUCCCAUGGACCGGAUCCUCUGGGAGGAGGAGGGUCUGCAGUUUGGGAGCCUCAGAAUUCCACCUCUACUUUUUGCAGAUGAUGUGGUUCGGUUGACCUCUAGCAAUCAUUUGGGUCAGUUUGUGACUGGGUGCAAAGUAGUGGGGAUGAGAUUCAGCAUCUCCAAAUCCAAGGUGGACUUCUCUCUCUGGAUGGGGAGGGGAGUCUUUGCUCCGAGUGAGGGAGCUCAGAUAUCUUGGGGUCUUAUUCUCUAGUGAGGGCAAAAAGGAUUAAAAGGAUUAAAAACAAAAGUGGUCCAAGGAUGGAACCCUGAGGUACCCCAUGUUUUGUUUUCUUUCUAGCUAUCAAGUUCUCUAUCCAAUUCAUGACGUGUUUCUUUGUGUGUAUGUUCACAGUAAGGCCUCAUCCCCCCUGGAUGCAGCAAAGAUCUCCUGCAGACACUUCACUGAGACCCUUCAGUUGGCCGUGGAGCAGAGAUUCGCCCAUGAAUACGGGGACACCUCUGUGGGUGACAAACACAAGGCUGCAGCACCAACAACUGACCAGGGAACUCUCACCGUGGACCAGACCAAAUCUGAGGAACAUCCUCAGAGCAUGAAAACAGAGAUUACUGGGAAUGUUUCACCAGUUCUCCCAAACAGUGACAAUAUCAGCAGCCGCUUGGCUUCACAGAUUGCAGAAGGAGACAGUGGGCACAAGACAGUUGAUUCUGCUACUUGUAGUCUCAGGAUGAGACAGGCAGGCAGUGUUAUUACCUCAGCAACAACAGAUCAAACAUCUUCCAUCAAUCCUGAAGUAACACCAGUGUCCGACCAUCAAAUCCUGGCCCUCCAAAAGUGAGUCACAAAAUAAUCUGAGUUAUUUCAUCCAGCUCUGCUCGGUCAGCCUUAAAUCAGUAAAAUCAGCUGGUGUACUGUUUGUAUAGAAAGCUCCAAAUUCUUUCACAGGACAGAAGUGGACACCUCAGACUUAAAGCCUUUUUGAUUUUAUUGCUUUUUUUUUUUCUAUAGCAGUCAGCAUUUUAUUAGUUUCUGUUGCAGAACAUUUGUCAUCAUUGGAACCUCCUUUAUGUGAUUUACAGCAGAAAAUGUUGAACAUCUUAUUCAUUUUAACACACAGCUUCAUCAUUAACACCGCACUAUCUUUGGGAGGAUGAUGGAUCUCUCAUUUGAAGGGUGGCUCUGGCAGGCUUUUACUCCCCAGAGUCCUGCUCUCCAGAUGUCGGCUCAGAAAUAAAUUUGUGUUUUUGAAAGACAAAGGUGCUAUGACAUCAUGUAAAUCCCUUACCCCGUGUGUGUGUGUGUGUGUGUGUGUGUGUGUGUGUGUGUGUGUGUGUGUGUGUGUGUGUGUUCAUUGGAUCAGCAAAGCGGCAUUUGUGAUUCAGCAGCAGUGGUGGAAAUACAAGCAAGAAGUCCUGAACAUGGGGUGUCCUGUCGUGAGGGAAGGAGGAGAUAUAGGAGGACCCGAGUCAAGACCUGCUUUUAAUAACAGAAGUGUCGUUGACCAAGAGCGUGCAGCAACUGUCAUCCAGGUAAAACUGGGAAUUAGUCUGAUCUCUCUCCUCUCUUUUUUAAGACCAAAAACAGGUAAAUCAGGAGCAACGGUAUCUUCCUCCAAACCUGCCCUCUCUUGCUCUAUUUUUUAUGGAAACCAUGAGAUCACCCAUAGAGAAGAAAUUAACAACUUUUAUGUUUGAAGCAGGCAGCUACCUACAAAAACAUCUGUCCUAACCAUGUAGAGUUUGCAUUAAGAACAUUCAGUUAAAGCAGGAUUGGAUAUUUAGUCUUACACAUGUACAGGAAAAGAUCAGUAAAUUCAAAAGUGAAAUCACAAGCCAGCUCAGUGCUCAGGUUACACCAACCCGAAUGAUCUAGUUUGCAUUGGUAGUCCAUUUUUUAAAUUCUGACCUAUAUUCAUGGUCCAAUAAUUAAAUUAGCUCAUAAAUGGGUUAUCAUGUUGAAUCAUUGGCAGAUAUUUAGUUUACAAGUAAAUUAGACUAAAGUUUCUGAUUUUAAUUCAAGCCCACAGGGAAAAUCUGCUUCAUAAUUUGGUGAGAUGGUUUUCAUAUCCUUAGAAACAAAAAAAAUCCACAUCUCGAUGAAAUCAAACUGUUUUUUUUCCCUGAUUGUUCAUGAAACUGCUUCAAAUGUCCAAAAAAGCUGGUUUCAGAGCUUGGAAUGACGUUACACCCGAGUUGAUGGUGUCGUCAAGUUGGGGUUGGUGAGGAUCAUCCGACUUUUGGAGACGGAAAUCCGUCUUCAGGGGGGCGUUUCAGAUGACUUUCCAACUGGGAACUCUGAAAAUCGAACUUCCAUGUGCAAAUGGAACGCAGCAUUAAAUCCGACUUAUAACACACAAUUCUCUGUAGCUCUUGGCGUCUCUCAAGACGUCUUGGGUCCUCGUAAAACACAAGGGGUCAUUCAUUGUCUCCAGAGUGAUCUAUGCUCUCAAAGAGCCUCAAAAUCGAUCCCGACAGUUAUCAGUUUUGAUUUUGAGCUUUAUUUUGAGACAUACAUUAAAAUUUUUACAUUGAUUUAUCUGGAAUAAACCAACAUUCAGCAAAGAUAGAUACCAAGUAAAAAUAUGACUUUCAGUUUUUAUCAGCCCUGUUCAGUAUGGACAAGACUCUGUCUGGUAAACUGUCAAUGUGCAAUGAAGACCUUAAUGCCGCAGCUUGAACUCUACAGUAUUGUGGGUGAAGGCUGGAGUCCCUUUCACAUAUUGAAUAUCUGCUCAGGUCCACUCUCACAGCUGAACAUCCAUCUUCAGGCCUCAUACGUGCUGUGGAGGCUUAUUGGUCUAAUCCUCAACAUACACUGUAGGUGUAGGCUGCUGUUCUGAAAAACAUGCUACUCACCACUUCUCCCAAAUCUCUUUUCAACACAGAAAGUGUUUGAUGAUCCUCUGGGGCUCUCUUAGGUGGGAGGCGGGGGGCUCCGGUGAAGUGGGACAGUGUGUGUGUGUGUGUGUAUUUGUGUGUGUUGGGGGGAUACAUAGUGAUUAAUCAGAUUCCAAAGAAAUGCGGUAGUAAGAGUUGUAGGAUUCCUUCUAAAAGUGAAGUGUGCCCCCCCGCCCGCCCUCGGCCCAUUGGGAAUUGGGGGAUUUAGAGGCGCACUGGAGCUCCAUUUGUCUUCGAGCAGCCCGGAGUCACACAGAGUUCAGACAGCAGAACACUCAGCAAUUAAAAGAGAGGUUAACAUGUUUUAUCUCCCUAAUGGGAUAACACACAAUAUUUACGUUUGCCCCGUGAUUCAUGCAAGGUUUUCUACCAUUUCUCCUCUGUUUACCUCCAGGCGUUCUGGAGGGGCUGCGCUCUGAGGAAGAGGCUCAUCUGUGCUCUGGCCGCCGUCAGAUACUUCGACACCGGAGAGGACGACACCUUGGAGGAGGUGGACGUGGAUGGAUUUGUCUUUGAUGAGGUAUGCGCACAAGUUCAUGUGUUCCUCACGCUCGCAUUCAUGGUUCAGUAACUCCUCACCCCCGCAAACCCGCACAACGGCCGACAGAUGAAGCUCCAUAGAUACAAACGCACACAGUCCAAACUUGUGCAGACACAGAAUUAUGAACAAACUUGGAGAAGAGUCAAAGCAUGUGCAUUUACAGUAAGAACACUGGUGUGAUGAACCUGCAGGCAUCAAUAUUUGAACAUUUGCUCAAUAGCAAUCACAGAAACAAAGUGCAGCACAUCACACAUACAGUGAUGAAAGAUGAAUUUAUAUUCGCAGGUUAAAUUCUACAUUGAAUUGCUCCUGUACUCAACCCACCUGUUAGUAAAUUAUGAAAGAAGAAGCGUCAGUGAUUCAUGAAAUUAUACUAUAAAAAGCAUCUAUCAAUACAAUAACUCUCUGAGUCUUUCUCUUAAAGCUGCCGUUCACAAAAUAUCUAAAAAAAAAACAAGACUUCUGCUCUCAUGAAUGCCAGAAGAGAAGGUGUUUAUCUUCAAAUUUAACUUACCCUCGAUCAUCUAAACAUCAGCAACAUAAAGUGGUGUUCGAACAGAUGGAGUACAUUUAGAGCCUGCCACACUUAUAAAUUCUGAUCCGUCCUCCCUAGAGUGUCUCAUAACAACAACUUCUGGUCAUUUUUUAUUGUUUGUUUGCAGAUAAAAGUAAGAGAAAGGAUUUUUCUUCUCAUGUGUUCGCUGGCGUUAUUGUGCUUUGUCUCUUCUCAAAGGACACACACAGAAACUAACCUGUUUGAGCAACCAUUCAGGAUAAAACACAGCUCUGCAUGUGUUAUUAAACUAUUAAUUUAACUCCCUCUUGACACUGAAGAACUCCCCACACUUAUAGAUUUCAUACUAUCCACUAUAAGGCUCGGUGUAUACGUCUGUAUAUUAAAAACUGUAUUUUAUUUGCUGCCACACACACGUUUUUCACUUAUUGCUCUUCAAAAGGCAGCACUGGAGGAACAUUGGACACCGCUUUGUGAAGACCCACUCUCCAGAAAAUAUACUGUUUCACAGCAGCAGCAGCAGGUAAAGCAAAUGUCCCACGAUGAUAUCAAAUUCUAUUACACAUGCUUCUACAUUUUAUGGUUAUAACCAGACGCUGUGCGAUAUGAGUAGAAGAGUUAUUUUCUUCCUCUCAUCCUGGUUCUCGCCCCCCUCAGGAUCCUUCUCACUCUCCCUGAUUGAUCUUUAAAUUUAUCCCCUUUAAAAACAAGAUGAUAUCCUGGUGGGCUGGAGGUUGCUCUGCACUAGCAGAUGUCAUUUUUCAUGCAGGCAGACUGUCGUCGUGUGUUUUUUCCUCCAUUUACCUCUCGUUGGAUCUUUUCUUUGGAGCGUUCUCAGCGCUGUACAUCAUGGUAGUCGGUUUGGACCAGCUGAUGAAGCGCAGCUGCUGUUGCAAACAGCCUCAAUGUGUUAAAACGGAGGUACACAUCAGAGGCGGGAAUGUGCAGUUUAGCACUUCUGCAAUGAGAGGAUGAGAUCUUAAGAGUAACAAAGCUGUUAGCUGGACUUGAAUAUGAGCUUUCCUCGAGGGAAUCUUACUACAGCUCAAAGUGUCCGCCUCAAACUUACACAAACAUAAAGUUGAAUCAGAUGUGACUUUAUUGUCUACAACACUGUUUUGUUUUUCCUCUGAGACACACUCUUAAGCAUCAUGACCUUUUGAAAACAUCUGAAACUUAGAUGAACAGGUUUCUGACUUCAUAUUUUUCAACAUGUCUGAAAUAGAAGCUCUUAAAAAUCUUCUUCGGUACAGUGGUCAGUGCUGUAAAUUUUCUCUGACAAAGAUUUAUGUCUGUUUUAUCCCCUCAGCACACAGUCCCUCCACCACUCGCAUGGAGGUCAAAGCAUGCCUGGGUGGAUGAAGACCAGGAGGACUCGGGUGGUCAGAGAGUUUCCCCGGUCAGCUCUGUCAGGUAGGACGACCCACCAAUACAUUUAUUUACAAAAACUGGCUGUAAAAAGACAGCAUGAAGAGUUUUAAUGUGGAAAUCUUGACCCCCAAUGAUUUAGUUUUGUCUUUAUUAAAUUAGGCAUAGAGUUAGUCCAGGAAGGCCAUUAAGUCAGCUGAUUGCCCGGCCAAUCACCUUCUCGCAUCCAGUCAGCAAAUUUCAUAAAAGAGAAUUAGUGCUCUAAAACUGUCUUAGCCUCUGCACACAUGCUCUCUUCGUUAACUGCUUUGCAACAUCCCUCCUCUUUAUAACGUGUCCUGUCUGUCUUUGCUGCUGCUCUCCCUGCCUUGGCUUUACAUGUAUGCACAUGAAACAGAGGAGGGUUAAGAUUUGGUAUUCUAGGUACACACAAGGAAGUGCAGGGAGCCCUCAGAGUGGAAUCUCAUCUCAAUAUAACAAAUAUGUCAUAAGUUAGCUGAAUUAUAUUGCAGACUUGGCCUAAUAUGCAGGAAACUGUAGCCGAGCUUUCGUACCGAUUUCCUCACUAAAGCUGCGCUGACUGGCAUUAAUUGUGGCUGAUUCAGUUAAUAUUGACGUACUCACACUAUACUGAACUUAAUCUUUAAGUACAAUGUCACAGUAAAAGCCAUAGACUGUAUAUAGAAUGAACGCCGUCUGCCACCAUGAGCAGAGCGUCAUCACUCUUGGUGACUCUCCUGCUGAAUGCGUACGAUGCUACAGUGCAAGUGGUGGUUCCAGGAAGUGGAGAAAAUCCCGGAAAUACUGAGAACAAUUCGACCUCAAAUCUGUAUACUGGUGGAAGGCGGGGCCAAGUUGUCCAUUGUAUAUACAGUCUAUGGUAAAAACAGACAAACAGAGGGCUAUUGUAAGGCACACAACAGCAUAUAAAGUGUAUGAGAGUGUUGUGAUCUCUUAUAUCAUGAAAAACCUGUUGAGUUUUUGUCAUAUGAUUUCAGAGGCAAACAUCCCGCCUCAACACCCAGGCCCAGCAGUCUCGCUGAAAGACCAGGAAAGAUUCUUGAUGAAUGGUAAAACUUUAUUGAAAGUUUCUUUUAUCAUCUUAGUGUAUUGUUGCUGUAAUGAGAGAUUCUCGAUCUUUGUUGUCACUAGGGGCUUCACUCAGAGCCGCACAGCUGAAAUGAUGCUAAAGAGGGCUCAGAAGAUGAAGUCAAAGAAGAAACAGCAAAAGAAAAGACUUGGUGAGUAUUUGGUGAAAAUGAGUGACCAGCUCAAGCACAAUAUCAGCAUUACAGAAGACUUAUUUUAUUGCAUUUUGGCAGAAAAAACAUUAGGUUCUCACUGAAAAGUGGCCAUUUUGAUGAAUCAUUUUGAUCCACGUGUUUUCUGAUGUAUAGAGAUUAAAAAGGCAGAUCAUGUUCAGAGACUUUCAUGGUUUCCUUCUUAAACAUUCCCGACAACACAAGAGGAACAGUGUUGACAUAAAUGCAUUUCUACUGAGGUAAAACUCGGCUGUAAUUACUGCUUCUCCUCUUUGUUCCUCGUCCAUACCUCAACAGCAGCAAACCUUUCCACCCCGUGUACUUUAACGAGCCGUAACAGACAGCAGAAGCAGAGCCUGUCCAGUCUUAUUGGACCUUCUUUGAGAUCCAGCGAAGGAAAUAACGAUUGCCAAGAAACCUCUCGACAAGUCAUCCCGUGAUGAUUUUCAUUACCAGUCAUUGUAGUGGUUGAGUGCUGCCGCAGAGGAAGGUGACCUCACCUCUGCUCUGCUCCAAGACACAGUAGUCCUGCCACGGUUAUCAUGCCUCAGUCAUAUAGAGGCAGGCUGCUCUUUGAUCAGAAGUGCACAUGCACGAUUCCAACAGCAGGGCUCUUGUCAUCUUGCUCCACAUGCGAACAGGUCUAUGUCUGCUCUAACUCCUAAUGGCAUCUGCCUCAGAGGAACCAGAGCGCUGGUUUAAUAUUUUCCGAAUGCUAGGAUCUGGUUUUGUAACUCUGGUUUUAGGUCUGGCUUGUCCUCCUUUGACCCGCUUUCUCUAUCUCACUCUCUUAGACCCCCUCUCCUGCCAGUCGAUAUUCGGAACCUGCAGUUACCAGAUAGAUCCAGUAGGGGCACAGAGCAGGCGAGCAAAGCACCAAAGAAAUUAUGUUAAAGGUAAGACUGGUUACACACUUAGCAACCCUGCAGUGUCUUUCUCUAGUUCCCCAAAAUACACUGAUGUUACAACUACGCGUGUCAAAAAGUAGGUUUAUAAAUGCUGUGAAGUGUUGAGAUAAUUGGACUUAAAAGGAGUAAAAUAAAUUAAGUUUAUUAAAUCUGUGAGAGCAGAUGUUUGAAAGCUGGUUUUGGACCAUAUCUCUGUCUUUAAACUUAGAUAAAUGUUGUUAAAACGCCUUCAUUAAGGACUGAUGUUAUCAGGGUGUCUUGGGUGUGAUUUUAAUUUCUUUCCUGCUUUUAUUAAAAUUGCAAAACAGCAGCAAACUGGCUCCACGCAACAGCCAAAACAGCACCUCUGAGUGUGAGCGAAGAGAAAGAGGAAACCAUGUACAGAGUCUUUAGGUUCUCCUGGAUAUUCAGCUGUUUUAAUUAUUACAUGAGAAGACUUCCCUUAGAUUUGUUUUAUACUUAAUAUCAGUUCUAUUUGGACAUUCAUAUACAGUACAUCCUCCUAAAAGUGUUUUUUGGCUGCAUGGUGGCCCUAAAGAUCAAUUGCGUAAACAUUUCAAAAAACACAAUUUUUCAAUUAAAUCCAAAAAAAAAUCAUCAGGGCCAAAACAUUUCACAGACUGCAAAAUAUCUUUUGUGAAAAAAAAUCUAAUUUAAACCUAAAAAACAAAAUGCAAAAACAUUUCUCAGAAAAAAGUACGCACAAAUAAAUCACAACACAGAGAAAUGUGAGACACAAAAAAUAUUAUUGGAGUACGAAAAUAUUUCAUGAAAUUAAAAAAUAUUUUACAAAAUCCUAAAAUAUUUUACAUUUUCUGAAUUUUUCUUGUGAAAUGUCAAAGUUUAAUGAAACAUUUGUGUGUUUUGUUAUAAGAAACAUUUUUCAGUCUUUUUUUUUUAUUGUGAGAUAUUUGUAUGUGAUGUUUCUGUUGCAUUUUUUUCAUGUCCUUAAAAUAUUUUUGCAUUUUACACUUUUUUUUGUAUUUUCUGAAACCUCAAAUUUUUAAAAUAGUAUCUUUCUGCAUUUUGUAAAGUUUUUUUUUAUGUUAUGGAAAUAUUGGAGCAGUUGACCAUCAAACCAGAACCCAGAGAGGACUGAUGAACUCUAUUUAGGGAUUUUAAUGGCAGUCAUUGCUGCUGCAGGGUCUCAGGAAAAGUGAUUGAUGGUUCCCCAAGGCAAAGACUCUCAAUUUUUAAUAUAUCAAAGUGUAAAAUGAGAUAUUUACAGGAGGUUAAAAUAUGCUUCAGAGCACCAACAUUUAAAACUGCUUCACAGGACCCCAACAUAGCAGAACUAUUCACAUAGACAGGAGCAUCGGGAACUUUCUGUCUUCUGUUACAUUUCAUUCCUUGUGAAUUUUUAAACCUUCUUCCAAAGAGUUUAUAUGCUUUAAAGGAGUAAUCUGAAAAGGAGCAAAUGUCUCCCUCCAUCUUCCUUCUGCUGUGGCCUCUUGCUCUGCCCUGAGGUGGAGAGAUGAUUUGACAUUGUGACAUCCACAGACAGACUUAAAAGGGAGGGAAGAGCUGGAGGGAGGGCAGGACGGCGGAUGGGGGAAGUCGGCUUUUAUCAUGAGGAGUCUGUCUCCGUCUUACCUCCCCACCUCCACCCAGCGGGGUCAAGGCCUCACAUGCAGAGAGCAUGACGCUCCUGGUCAUCCAGCAGUCAGAGGGACGCUCUAACAGCUGGCUCCCUCUGGUCCAAGUCCAAUGCUGCCAUCAGCAUAUCUGUUAGUUAACUACGGAGAAAUGCAGUAAAACUCACUUUCUCACCUCCUUCCCAACAUGGAUUGAGAUGAAGGGAAGCAUCGCCCGAUAUUGAUUAUUUCAGUUAAUCCCUCUCUCUGCCUCUCGUUCUGAGGAGCUUUUCUGACAGUAUUCAGAUGGCGAUGGGCAAACCUAUCUGUAGCGAUAAAUGAGUGGAAAGAUCAUUGUGAUUCCAGGCUUUCAUUUUGAAUCGCAGCUGUUUUAUGUCAACUUUUUAUCGCUCUGAUUUCUGUCAGUGAAAUCGUGUCUGUGCACAAUAUUGAGGAGAUAUGUGCUCAGCCAGCUGGCGGUAAGACUAGUUCCAUCCAAGGACCUUUUUACCGAUUACAGCGAUGUUUCCAGAUCUGUUUCUUUCCAGUCUGUUUAUCUGUCCGCCAAGCUUGUCUUGAUAAUUCAUCAAGUGCGAUUGGCGUCAUUGUGCGGUGAAGUGAGCAGCAAUAUCGACCGAUAAAGAGAGACGGGUCAGUAUCUUCAGAUUUCUCCUACAACACUGACGAACCAGUUUACACUGUGACCAAGAGACAGUGGAGAUGAGGACGUUAAUUGUUGUGUCUGCGCUCACUCAUGGUGCCGGGAUCCCGUUCUCUAUCAAUGGUCCCACACCAGCCUCCCCUUUUGCUCCCCUGGUCCUGACCUGUGGAAGGCACCCCCUCCUCCGGAUCCAUCUCCAGUGCCCGAGGCCUAGCCUGCCCAGCCCAGCCCAGCCAGCGCUCCCCGACAGGGGCUAACGUUUCAGGCUUUGAGUCAAGCCCCUUCUGGAGGUGAUUAGCCCCAAACCCAUGACAGAUUCUUUCCAAGAUAUCCGACGCGGCGUGUUUAUUUUAUCCGGGCUCUUUGUGUGGAUGUGCUGGACAUGAGUAACCCACUUGAAAUGGGUAUCGGCUUACAUACCCAGAGAGGGAGAUACAGAGGGAGAGAAUGGAGCAGAGCCACGAGACAUUUUCUUCUAAAGGCACAAAAAAUAUAGCUCUGUACUUUGCUCAUAUUUUUUUUCACAUGGUUUGUAUCGUCGAGUUUCUGGUGUCUGCAGAUGUUGAAGAUGUUUCAUGCCUCCAAGCCUUUCUCCUUUCUCUUCUCUUACUUUCCACCAACUCCUUUCACACACACCCCCACAUCCCCACCUCCCACCCUUUUGGCUUACACACUCUCCCAGCCUUCUUGUUCCAUCCAAACUGGGAUCCAGCCUCACCAAACAUCCGUCCUCAUGUCAGAGGGACACAAGGGUAUAUAUUUUUAUUUCAGCCUGGAACCCCUGCCUCCAGAGCACUUAACUCGAUUUCACACUUCAAGUCAUCUACAAAGUCCGGCUGAAACACAAUCAUCUUGUUUAUCAUCCAUCAUCCAAAAUAACUUAAUGUCAGAGUAUUUACCACCGUUCAUGUGCGUUCAAUUUCUCCCCCCGCAACCCCAGAGCUUCUAUUUAUGUCAGGCAGCAGAGCCUCUCUUCAUGGUGUAUGUUUGAGAUGUGCUGGCACAGUCAAGGAGAAACAUGUAGAUCCAGUGGGCUGUCAGGGUCGCUCACCAAGAAACGCAGAGUUAGGACCUUUACAUUUCAGACGCACUCAGAUGUUUCUGUCAUCCUGCAAAUGUCACAAAAAUAGGGAGUCAAAAACUGUUUCAAAAGCAGCCAAAAUAAGUAAAGAGUAAGCUGGAGCUUUUCAGAGGAUAAGGGGUUGGUCAGAGUUGGUCCAGAGCUUCACAGUGGAGGAAAGGUCAGAAUUCAACAGCAAAUCAAGAUGGAAGUCUCAAAUAUGUCUCUAUAUGAUACAGAAAACGCUUUUUAGUGUCUUUCUGCGACAUUUAGAUGAAGAUGGGUUUUUAAUAUGGGUGUCUAUGUGGCUUCUGAGGCUUUUCGGAGCUAGCCUCUAGUGGACAAUCAAGGAACUGCAGCGUCUAGCACUUUGAGUUUGGCAUAAUUGCUCAAGAUCGGCGGUUACAGCUUGGUUGGAGUGUAUGUAGACUGAUAAAUCAAAAACUUUACCCUGAACCUCAGCCCCCUCUUUACCAUGACAGACAGGCUUUCACUGCUGUUACUGCUGACGCAGCAGCGGUACUCCUGCCAAUCACAUGAUCCACUUUCCCUUCACUUGACAACUCCAGCAUUUAAUGACAAGAACCAUGACUGUGGACUUUAAGGUGCUCACUCUUAUCCCAGCCACUCCACACACUUUUACUGGAGGUCUCAGCCUGAAGAAGCAAACACAACCACAUCAUCUGCAUAAGAGCAGUUUUUAAAUUUUAAGGCCUUCAACUCCUUUUUGGACACUUUUUCACUGGUCCCAAUCCACUGCUGACUGUAUGUAUUUACCUCCUUGCAAAGGUGAAAGUGAAGGAAGCUCUGAGGUUUGAUCUCCAUGUCUGGUUUCUGGAAAACUCUGGUUUCCAGCAGGCCAAGAGCCUUCACUCCCCUCCCUCCUCCUUAAGUCUCUGAUAUAAAGUCAGAGUUCUCUCCUCCUCAGAGAAGACGAGAUUGCUUAAUGUGCUGAAGAGCCUCUCUUAACAGGCGUGACUCCUACAGGCCCCCCUCCUGAUGUCCUGGAGGAGUACUGGAAGGGGAUUUAGGGGGUUUAAAGGGGUCAGGAGGGGGCUUUGUUGAAGGUUUCAGAGGGGAAGAGGGAGAGGAAAGUGUCUCUUAAAGUGCAGCUCAGAUGGAAGCUUUAUCCAUGGUGCUCAUCACGUAUCGAUGUGUCUCCUGUAUUUCUCAUUUAUUUCAGGUCUUUCACGUCCAUGAUAAUCCACACAUUAAAGAUCGUCCUUGUCUUUAUUGGGUUUAUCUGGUUUACCCGUGCCCUGCCUCUCUGUGUAUCCUAGGAAGUGAGAGUAGCCGUUUCCUGGCCUUUGCUGCCCCGAGGGGAGAAUCUAUCACUUGACAUUUUUAGAGGGGCUUUGCAAUUAACCCGUGAAAACUGUAAAGCUGUUUUUCUCCUUUUUACGGCUCAGCAAAAGCAAGUCAAUGGCUUAAAUAAAUGCAUCAUUAGUUCCAGCAGUGGACUGUCAAAAUUCAUUAUCAGUUUACACCCGGCCGCAUUACUGUCAGCACAACAUAAAUGUUUACUUUGAAUUACUGCCCUAUUAUGGGACGUCAGUACAACCCAUAAAUCAGCGGUCUUUCAGAUUUCUUUUGUAACAAACUGUUGCUUUAAUUACAUUCUCAAAAAUACUCAAAUCCCGGUCCAGUUAUGUACAAAAAAAACAAAUAAUUUCCUCUUGUAUUUUUUUUUAGCAACUUCAAAUGUGUUGCAGUAAUGCCCCCGACUCCUCCAACAGAUCCAGAUACUUAAGCCCAAACAUAAACACUGGGAGCCGAUGACUGCUGAGCUCUCCUCGGGCAGGGAACCCCAGCCAGCUUUGAUUACAGUGAAACACAGAGCGUUUUCAGGAGCAGUUUAUUUGUGAGGCUUGUACCUCAGAGAGCAUCUGUUUACACAGCUCCUUUUGUUUGGGUAUCUUGUCACUUUGAAACAUGACACCUCUGAUUAGCUAGCCCUCUUCUUCUCUUCGUUGUCAUCAGGAAGAGAAUUGAGGAGAAUAACUGUCUGUUACGUUUAUUCUGUGUUUUUUUUGUCCCGUGCAGCUGGUGGGGUCGAGCUGGGCCUUCAGGUGGCAGAGAAGACGGAGCGAGCGAAGCAGGAACGAACUCAGCAGUGGCUGCACGCUCAGGCUGUUCACUCCGACAGAGACUCCGAGAGGUGAGGCACGAGGGUGGUGCAUCUUUUGUACUGUGCAGCUUGGAGGGUUGCCUUGCCAGCUUGCAGGAAAAUUAGUUAUGUGUAAAAGUAAACCAUUCACAUAGAGAGGUUUCUAUCUAUGAAGAGUUUUUAUUGUGAUUUCAAAGCAAGAGGCAUAAAUCUUAUGACAACAGAGGUAUAUCUGUUUGCAUGCCGUGUCGAUGUAUCUCUAUCUGAUUUAUUCCUGGACAUCAUUUCUCAAAAGAUGAUCUCUUAACAUGUUACGAGAUCUAUCUGCUUUAAGUAGUAAUUGCUUUCUUAUUAUGACUUGGGAUCUAUUACCCCUUUAAAAACUCUAAGGGCCUAUGCCCACUUUCAGCAUUUUUAGUGUUGCAGCACCCACAUACUGAUUGGUAGAGAGAUUCUCACAUGUGCUUACUGUUGCUGGGUUACGAAAGUUCUCCUGCAGCACUCCUGCUUCCCGUUCUAGUGACCGCUAAGUGCUCUGUGUAAUUUAUGUUAUAUUCGCUUUAAUUCACUGGAAUCUUAGAAAGAGUAGCAGCAGCCCCAGAUGAGAGAAGAAUGUGAGUGUGGUUAGUGUUUGCCUCAAAAAACUUUUCCAUUGUUGUUGAUUUUAGAAGCCAGCACCCUGCUGACUAAAACAUCUGAUCCUAAAGGAUCUGUAGUUUUGAGUUUCGAACAGUAUUGGUGCUGUAUGCUCAUAAGCAUUGCUAGUGCAGAAAUUCUGUUGGCCCUUAAAAAUUACGAGUUGUUGUUUUCAUUUUUGCAUGAUGAGUUUGCAGGGUACUUCAUCAAACGUGUGUCAGUCGUGUUUUGGACCGCCAUUGGCUUAUUUUAUUGUGAUGUCAUGAAAUUAUGAUUUAAGGUCCUUUCACACCAGGACGGACACAAAUAUAUGACGCGAAAUUACAAAAUAUUCAGAGGCGAAUUUUGAUGCACCUGACUAUACACAUCAAGCCUGAUGCGAUUUUGCUACUUUCCGGGGGGAAAAAAGACACGUCUCGGGUGGAAGCGAGAAGACUGACACAGCAGCAGACUGACUGUUUUUCAGUUCUGAUUAGACACUAGUGUUGAGAUGGCUGUCUGUCAUGAUAGCAUGUACUGAGUCAGGGCCAGUACCAGAUAAGAACAUUAAACUAUAAUCCAUAAACGUAAGGUAACAACCAAGACCUAAUGGUGCUGUGACAGCAACGCUGUGAUUGAGUUUGAGACAGUGAAAAUACAUAUGUUAUGUUAAAUCUGAAGAGGUUAGCUUAUGAGCUAAAGUUACUUAGCACAGAUUUUUUAUCAAAGUUAUGAGUUUGCAUGGUACUUCAUCAAACUUGUGUCAGUUGUGAUUUGGACCACCAUUGGCUUAUUUAAUUGUGAUGUCAAGAAAUUAUGCCUUUAAAAAACGCACAAAAUGAGAUUUAAGGUUAAAGUUGAGAAAAGAAAAAUGUCUGUCUUCAUCAUAAACUUAAAAGGAAGCAUUUUAAUCUCCUUUUUUUAUUUAAAAAUAUCUUUAUUUAAUUAAUUAUACCACAAUUUAUUAAAAGUGAACAGGUUUUGAUGCUUGAAUUUCCCAGUAUAGUAUUCUCUUUAAAUGGUUAUUUACGCCUUUUGGACGAUGUGUGCGGUAUACUUUUUUUUUUUUUCAGAGGCUUGACAGCUUUAUGCGUACAGCACAUUCCAUACACUGAGACAAUUCAACAUGCCGUAGAGCAAUAAAACAUAAUAAAAGACGCAGAUUUAUAACAUAGAGCGAGGUAGAGCCUUUACAGAAUGCCAAAGAUAAAGAGCUGGUUAUGGUGAGCCUCUCUUUCAUCUACCUCACUAAGAGACAUUAGGAUUAUCAUUUGAGGCAUCUUAGUUUGCGUUAUGAUACGUCAGAGAUCAUUGCAGAAAUAAACGGUUGAAUUGAUAGAAAUAUGCAGAGCGCUAACAGCCCAAAUGCUUCUGCCUUUUUUUCUGUUUUCUUGUCCUCAGUCUUCAUUUCUUACCGGAGAUCAGCGCAGACAUCCUGAACGGAGGCAGAGUGCAGCUUGUGGUGAGUCCACUCCCCCCACAGUCCACCCACUUCAUAAAAUGACAGUGAAUCCUGAUUUGAAUCUUUUCUGGUAGAGGGGGGGAGGCUGUCACAUGUAUGUGGAGGUAUGCAGUAUUUACAUUCAGCAGUCAGAGUCACAUCCUGGUCUUUUUGUUCCCUCCCCUGGAGCCUGUCUCAUCAGCUUCCAUUUAAAGCAGUCAAAGGGGGGGAGGAAUGGGUGAGGCUCAGCUCUGCGGUGACACUUUCAAUUGGAUCAACUGGCUGCAAUUUCUCCAUUUUACUUGCAGAAAUCCCAGUGUCACUUUGGAGCAGUUUGCCUGCGCUCCAGAACGAUGCUGAUGCUGGUGAGGUCUUUGAAGUGGGAAACUGCAGGUCUCCCUGCGCAGUUAUAGAGCAGUUUGAGUUAUAAUCAGCCGCACGACAAGCCCUCCCUCCCCCCGUUUCUUCGAUAUGUUCAGACUGCGGAGCCUCUGUCUCUGCAGUGUUUUUCAAAACCUUGAACUGCUUGCGUGAGACGUGUCAUGUUAACCCUCCUUUAUGUGUGUCUCUUUGUGGUGCGUGCAGGCGGAUCCUGGAUACACAGAGCAUCAACAUCACGCCAGCGGAUUGUGGGCCAACAGUAGUUCAGCUGCUCGGCCCUGCAAGGAGGACAGUUAUCCUCGCAGCAACUCACUGGGUCACGCAAGUGAGUCUUGUGAACUUCAUCGUCUUAAAUCUGAAAUCGCACAAUCACAUGGUGUCAGAGCCGACCUUUGAACACAAAAUAAAUACUACACAACUCUCCCCGAUAGUACCUUAUUGGUGUCACUAACUUAAAGUUGAGUUUUUCUGGUGUAAUGGCAAUUCAACAAUAAUGUAGAGAAUUUGAGGAUUUCAUCAACUAUAAAUCUCAAUUUCAACCAAAGACUCAGAGGAUGUGGAGAAAUGACUGAUGAUCAUGAUCUUUAGGCCCUUGAGCAACAUUGUAGUAAAAUCAGACAUGACUCUGUAGUGGAAUUCACAGCAUGGGCUGAAUAUCAAACCAUUACUUGUAAUCACAGUUAGUUGCUGCAUUCACACAAGCAGGUAAAAACUAGUCCCUUAAAAAUAUCUUCAUCUGAGGAAUAAAGAUUUGACAGACUUUUUGGAAAUCAUGGAUUCAGCACUUUAAAAAGGAGAGGAAUUGAUCAGUACACGGGGUUUUAAAUGUUUAGCAUGUUAUCAAAAUUAAAGCAGAAUAGUAUUAAUCAACCAAUUUAUCACUGAAUUCAUACUCAGAACUCGACAGUGUGACCAUUUCACUCACAUUUACAACUAAAUAUAGAUGUGUGCGAAUUGUAAAAUGUAUUUAGGGACACGUGUGCAUUUAAAAAAAAUCCGCUGGGAAAUCAAAUGUUUUUUCGUGUAAAUACCGCAGUUUUAGGUUAGUUUUAGGUUGGAUAUUCGACGGACAUUUAUUGUGGAUCCGUUGGUGUCUUCUCACUCCCCAUAACUGGGAAUAGAAACAGCAGCGUGGUUAAAUCUACUCAGCACCCUCGCUGUCAAUGUCAGGGUCUUGAAUAAGGGACCGUCAAUAAAUUACUGGUUGAUGUUCUCAAAAAUGGCUGGUUUCCUUCAAUAGCUUCCAUGUCACGUUACCAAUUGACCUAAAAUUGAUUUCAAAUAGUAAUACUUAUGUCGACCAAUAAGACACGUUAUUUGAUCAGUUUUCAUUGUGCCCCUAAAGUUCUUUGUGUGUUCCUAACUUUUCCAACUUAGAAGCACAUGUGCUCCUCGUGAAAAAAGUUAGUGACAGCCCUGAUACUGCAUAUCUUCAUAGGUGAACCUCAUGUGUACUCAUACCUGUGCACUCAGCUUAUGUCUAUACAGAUGAUUCGAUAUUUGCACACUUGCACCUAUAAGUGUGGGGCCACACAGACCCUGAGGUUGUAGAUCCAGGGGUAAAUACUGCUGCUUAUUCAGCCCAGACUGAGGCCACCGGUUGACUGAUUCAGGAGGGGAGGGGGGCAAAAAGGUCGGUCCGGGGACAGAGUGCCGUGAAUUUCUCCUCUGACAGGAAACCAGCAGAAAGAAAAAGAAAACCUCUCAGUCCUUUCAGAGAAGAAUAAGUGGCCCUUCUGUCAGGAGACGUGGGGCUCAGGGGUCUGAGUGACAAAGAUGCUACUGACGGUCUGAAGGCAGAUGACCACAUUAAACAAGCCCAGGAAUCCGAGUGAAGGAGAGCCCUGUCCACGUUAACGAAGCCUAAUUCGAUUCUGAUGAUGAUUUCAAAAUGAUAUCCACGAGGUGCAGCAGCAGCAGCAGGAGUGAGCGAGUGUUGUCCUGUUGUUCUCCUCCUGAGUACUGCUCCUAAAAAGAAGGCCUCUUUGUCUGCAUAAAACACCACUUUAUUGAAAUUAUACAAGGCAAAUUGAAAUAUGAAUGUAUGUGUGAGGAAAUAACAUUCAUCAAAAGACCAAUUAGAUAUUUCAUAAGCUUUGAAAAAGCGUCUUUAUGAUAGUCUUUGUGCUGCAUCACGAAAACAAACAGAAUAUCGGAGGAAAAAAGGGAGUGCACUUUGCUCAGAGGUCGAAUCUAUAAUGUUUUAGCUAUAUUUAUUUAAUUUAUUUGCUUAUUUACAUAACAAAAUACCUCUAUUUUUUAUUUCUUCAAACGUAUUGAAAGAGUGUAAAGGUUGUAUGUGUCCAGAUGCAAAAAUACAGAGUAAGACCAAGACUCUUGACAUAGCACAGUGUACUUUCUCAUUCAUAUUUUACUUUUUCCAGGAAUCUGAGAGUUCGUAAAACCAUUUUUGACUCGUGUAAUUGCAAUAUGAAAGCGUCAAAAACAAGAAUAAAAAAUACAGGAAGAAAAUAGAGUGAAAGCAGUCUCUGUGAUGAAAGUCUUUUUAUUGUCACUUCACUGAAGUAGGUAGAAGAGUGAGAAUAAAAAGAAACCGUACCCAUGAAAAAAAGGAGAAUAUUUUAUCCCUCUGAAGUGGCACACAUACAUCAAAGUGAAGGUUUAAAGUGGGAAGGUUCACUUAGCUUGCCAUAGCAGUAAAGACUACAUAAAUAGUCUAUAACCUACUCUAUAACCUGUUGCAAUGCGAUACACACCACAUGCUGGGAUGGUGCCAUAAAACGCGGCGAAUAUUUUCUCUACAUGUGCAGAGGAAACCACUUAAGUUGCAUAUCUGCUCCUUCAAUUUUGUUCGCUGUUCAGCUCUAAUAGAAGCAAAACGAGGGCAAACAAUUAGUUUGGUCACAGCGGUUGGGUCAAAUGUGCUGCCAUUUGUUUAUCUCUCUGUUUUUUAUGGUGCAAAAUUGGCAACAUGUGCACCGGGUUCUGUUUUCCAUUUCGGACAGAUAAUUGGACAAAAGUCUUUAAUAAACUAAACUGAACCAACAAACCUGGCCUAACAUUUCUGAAAAUAAACACAAGACAGUGGUGGUUUUAUCUGGAAACGACAUCGCAGCCAGAAGGAGAGAAAAAGCACAGAGAUACCCUCAAACAUGAGCUAAAUCAAAAACUACAAAGGUGUGAUUAGGUAUGACGUGUGAGUCCUCAGAUAUUCUAUCCAGUGUGCAAGCUGUGCAGAUAUUCAGAGCCGGGUCAGUACCUGCAGUACCUCCCAGGCCCCCCGCCUCCUCCAGAGCCCUCCCCGCUGUUAUGCUUCUUGUGUGGGGCGGCCGUGGAGACUGCAGGCCCUCGCUCUACACGUGGAAUGCAUCAUGCCUGAGAGGAGCUCUGCCUUUGUUCUGUGUGUUUGAAAAGCUUUGUACUGAUCCCCAGGUGAAAAGGACAGGCCUCUGAUAGAGCGCAAAGAAUACCUGCUCACACUCCAGUGUUCACGGAGAGGUUUAACUCACUGUGCUGUAGGAGUGGGAGAAAAAAUCGAUUCACAUAAGUAUCGCGAUUUUUUGUUUUACGAAUAUUAAACCGAUUUUUAUGUUAAAAAAUCGUUUUUAUUUUAAUUUAAGAAUAAAUCUUAAAAACUGGCUUACAUGUGAUGAGUAUUCUUUGGGGAAAUACGGUUCCUGGGAUAUUCAGUAGAUAAUCAUAAUCAUUCAACUAUUUCACUGGUGUUAAAAAUGCAGACUAAAAAUUGAGAAAAUUGACAAUAUCAUAGAAUCGCAAUUUAAAACAAAUCGGCAUCCAAAAAUUGUAGAGGAAUCGAAUCGGGAGAAAAGCAUAUCGUCCUAGCCCUACUAUGCUGUUUGUUGUCAGUCUCCAGAGGCUUGUUGCUUCGUAGAACAAAAGAUUUCAAAAGUUUCAACAGGUAUGAAAUGCAAUGCCAGUCUUCUUUUUAAAGAUUUGAAAUAAUGGUAAUUUAGCUGCAGAUGGAUGCAGAGGAAGGAAAACACUGAAAAAUAAAUACGGCGAGUGCUCCAGAAGAACACCCACCAGUACCUACCUAAUCACGCUGCAAUUCUCAAAGGUUUGCAGCCACUCAGAGACAGCCAGUGUAUUAAAGUUCAAAGUUAUCCUCACUGUCUUGAUUUUUGCGUGGAACAACUCUGCAGCAAAAAAGCCAAGAAAGCAAAACAGUCAGAGGAGUGGGAGUGGUUUUGCAUAGAUGCCCAUCACUCCUGUCGUUACAUCAUCACAGGGACCAUCUGACACUACUGUCUAGGUGCUAAGUUUUUUCUUUACUACAGAAACUUUAAAUCGUCUUUUCCACUUUCUCAAUCUUGCGCAGGGCUUUUAAAGUCCAAGCAAAAUUAGCCUUUUUUAUUGGUUUAUUUUCAUAUUUACCAUUUGACAGAUUUUAUUGAUAAGCAUCAAAUAAGUUAACCCAUUAUGAAAUCAAACUGAACAGUUAACACUUUGAGAAACAACAGUGUGAAUUUAGGGAAUCAGGAAAUAUGACUUAUUGUAUUUAUGACGAAACCAAACUUGAAUUAUUCAUGUUAUAUCCUGUGAUCUGUAUAUAUGGUCAAAAGUUGAAAAUGUAUAAUUCCUUGAACACAAAUCCACAUUUUGAUCGAUUUCUUACGUAAAAUUCCUCAAUUUUUCAGUUUUUUGGGGGAGUUUUUUUUUUUUUAACAUUAACGCCUGCAGCAUUAACCAUUUAUAUUUGAAGGGAUUUAUGAUCUCUUCUUAUUUUUAUCAUACGAUACUGAUUAGUGGUAACUCAUGUGAUCAAGGUAUGCAGAAAUCAGCAAAGAUGUUUUGUUAUUAAUUGGAAUCAUAAUAGAGAGAUUUGGUUGUGAGGUAUUGACACAGUUUUCUUCUGUGUCUCCAGGAAAAGAGGUCACAUCUCCGAAGCAAGUGUCCUCUGCCCCGUCAAAAAAGGAGCGCAUCUCCUUCAGAGACAACCCUGUCCAGAUGAGCGGCGGCUGGGGAGGAGGGAAGAAGAGGGACCGAGUGCACAAGUAAAACACAAACUCUUCCAUGACUUUUAUGUCGAUCUCCUCCAACUACGUCAGACACAUCUUACAUUUUCACAGUCUAUAAACUUUCUCUGUGAAGACGUCUUUCUUUUGUUUAUAAUAUGAUUUAAACGGCCCUGCAGCUGUUCAUUUAAACUCGACAUAUUACUCGAGAAUCCUCCUCUGCAAAUAAAUGAAGCCCUAUAGGACCUGCAGCAGCCCAAAUAUCUUCAGGCACUUCCAAAGCUCAAGUGUCACUGCCUGGAUGUGAUGGCUGCCGACCAGCACCAAAACACAUGGAGCAAAAUCGUAAACUUACAGCUAAAGGCGCGCGCUUAAUGUGCAAAUAACGGCAGGAAAUACAAACCAGGACCUUCAGUAUCUGUGGAUUCAUGCCUCUUAUAAUGCUGACUCGCUGCCUCUGCACUGUUUUACCCCGUUAACAAAAUAAAUACACUAAAUAGAGUUUGUGGGCGUGUGAAGAGACUGGGUUUUACAGCUUCUCUUGCCCUGUCUUAACCGUCAAGUUUAAUAGAGCCCAGAGGUUCAUGAGCAAUUUCAGACCAUUCUGCGUCUAUAUUUAGCUUCAGCUCCUGCCUGAAAUGACUGCGUCUAUGAGCCGAGUGCAAACAUUGGUGUUAGAAUUAGACUGAUGUUUUCUUUAUUUCGAUCCUGGAUUACAAUGGCCUUGUCUGUCUAUUUGAAUUUGGAGAGCUAAGCCGUCCGUUCACAAAUACGGCCCUACCAGAGGCGGUGAACCUCAGGCUUGGUGGUUCCUCGCUGCUGCGCCGCCUGGAAACGAUAACUUAAUGAAUGUCAAAACAAAUAAGGAGAGCUGCAGAGUGGCGGCCUGGCAGGAAAUGCACGUCGCUCGUCUAUUUAUUUUCCUUCUAUCUUUCACUUAACGCAUGUCUGGAGGGUGUGUUUUGACUGUACGCGAGCUGGUGGGGGAUUUUUGUCUUUUUGAGAGUGGCGUAUGCCAGAGAUGUGGAGGUCUUGUUGUGAAACCAGAGAGUACUGUCCUCCUGUGGGGUGAGACUCACUCUGCAGGCUCUCUGGGGGACAUCAGGAGGGCGUCUCUCUGUCCUUACACAGCUGUGUUAAGGGGGAACAUCAGUUUUUUUAAUCAAAGAUACAACACAACAACAGGUUUGAAUCUUACACCAUGUAUCUGUUUGCUUCAAGCGUCACACUCUCUAUUUGCUCAGUUAUAAAAACCAUUGUGCACCAGCCUUUAUCAGGUUUGUUUACUUUCAGGCUGUGGGUAAAUUAAAUGUAACCUUAGACAUCCCAAAACCUCUGGCCUGGUGACACGAGUGCUCCGCUGCACAUUCAGAUAAGAUGAAGAAUGUCCCCGUCAGCCCGCACGCCCUGCCAGCCUGACCUCAAGUCAGCAAAUGCCGUCACAUGGAGUCUGGCAGACAAGUUUCUGUGUCUGACUCUGUCCAUAUCCUUCUGUAAAUGCAUCCCAGAACAACACUGUGCCUGCAACUCGAGCUAUAAAUUAUAUAUAAUGUACAUUUUUGCUGACGAUGUGAUAGACAGUGUUAGGUAGCUUCUGCAAAACAGCUCCAUGCAGCCGAUGAUUUCUGUGUCUUUUCUUUAUCUAUGCAGACGAUCGUGCUCAAACUGUGAUUUAAUCACACUAAAAAUUUGGUCUAUUUUUUUUAUUUUUUUUAUAGUAAUGCACUUUAUGUCAAACAAGGAAGUUAAACAGCAUCUACCCAAACUAAAAGGCUGUUUUAUAUUUCCAGCCAGUUGCUGCCUUCAGAGAGACUACGAUAUCUAAAAUAGAAUAAUGUGUUUUCCUGAAAGAUAAGCUAAGAUUGAAGAGUUUGGAAAAUGGACCAUGUAAACAAUCAUGUUUUGAGGCUCUUUACAGAAAAGACAGCCGCUGUUUAUGAAGAAGCUUUAUCAUUGAUUUGCACUAAACGCACAAAAGUCAACCACAAAUAAACAAAACAAAAACAAAUACAAAAUGAUUAUAGCACUUUUCUGCGAAGCACUGAGAACCUUGCUGGUUGCACAUUAACAAGAUGUCCAGAUAUCCAUCAGAACAUGGCUUAAAACGGGGAGUGGGGGGGCUCCUGUGAUUAAAGCUACUAUAAGGAGUUUUUUUUAUAUGGGUAUAUGUAUCUUUAAAGCUACUAUAUGAAGUUUUUCAAUUUUCUUGCAAACAAGUGAAAUUAAUAAAUCCACUCCUUUAUGACCCACAGAAGCAAAUGAGAUCCUAAUCAAUGAUUUUGAAAUUUUACAUGGGGGGUAGGUGUGAAUCGCUCACUGCUGAAAAAGUCUCUGUGUGUGUUUUUCACUGAAAGAAUUCUUGAUUUUGGGGGCACCAACUAACAAAAUUUUAGGGGUGCCUUUAGGGGAUUUGAGGGUCAAAACAUUCGUUUCCAAUAUCACACUAGUGUCUUUAAAAAUCUUUAUCUUCGCCUCUUUCUGAAACGUUUCAUUUCAGUUCAUGUCUUGCACUGUCCUAACACUCUAGAAGCCUCUUCCACUGUUUUUAUACUGCAAUGUUGUCAUUAUGAGUUGAUUGUUAAUUUUCUGAUUAAAAACAUCGUAUUUUAGACCCCGAAGGUUUGGAAAUAGACUUAAUAAAUCCUCUGCAACAAGCGAGCAGGAUGUUUCUGUUUGAGGAAAUCUGGUGCCCCUCUCGUGAAAUUGUCAUGUGACUUUUUAAACAAAAACUUCUCACAAAUACUCUAAUAAAUGUUACCCUACAGUGUGAAACUUUGCCCACGUUCAGUGCUGACAUCCAACAUUUUUACUCAUUUGUUUUUAAAAAAUGAGAAAACAUUUAACUACUAAGAAUAUCAUUCAACAUAAUGAUAAAAUUAUUCCUCAUAUGAGCAGUAGUAAAAGCUUAAAAAUUACGCUUCAUUGUUUAAACCAACUGAACAAAAUCCUCGCAGUUUGUCUGAUAAUCGAGUGUUUCUGUGUUUUUUUUCAACAAUAAGAAAACUGAACAAAUAAGUGCAUAUAUACUUCUGCAUGAAUCAUCAUGCAUGAAUCGUUUUGCUUUGUGUGAUAAUGUGCCUUGUUAUUAUUAAAUCUAACCGUAUUAAUUCACUAUAUAUAUUUUUUUUGUAACUGAUGAUUGGAGAUAGGAUUGAUGUCGGCUUAGAUUUAAGCAAGAGAACUUCCUGGUGUGUCCAGAUUGUGUUGAAAAGAUUUCCUCUGUCUAAAAAAGUUUAUACUUGAGGCACGUAAAGCAUUUUUAUCAGUACUCAAUGCAUGUGUGCAACAAAAGAGUUUUAAUUGUGUUUUAAGUUGAAUAUUAAAAAAAUUACUGGAGCUCUAAUGAUGCAGUGUCGAGCUGAUUUUUUCAAUCCACAAUCAGUUUUGCAUUCGAAAAUAAAAAAACUGAGAAGAGUGUUUUAUUUUGGUGAUUUUCACCUGUGACUGUGUGUCUGCUCACCUCCUCUCUGUCUUAUUUCUCUGAUGGUAUAAAGCGUUCACCGAGUCUUCCUUUACGUCGUUAAAAUUGUUAUAUUGUGUAUCGCGGCAUCUGGAUUCAUUCGGAGCUCGCUAGCGGCUCAGUUCUGCUUUCACUCAUAGGUGACUUGUUUAACAUAUCUCCAUGAACCCAGAUGACUUUGUCAAGUGACAGAGAGCUGAGGUCUGUCAGCGCUCAGGAAUGCCUGACUCCCUGAAAAAAAAGGAAAAAACAAAAAGACAAACAAACAAAAUCAAAACAAACUCUUAAAGCACGAAUGCACUGCUUUCACUUUUUGAUACGCAGCUUUACGAGCCAAACGUUCUGCAGGCUCAGAUGACAUUCAUAAGCUCCAUAAAAAUUUGGGCUUUGGGGAAAAUAAACUCUGGUCGUCUUCGUGUUUAGUGGCUCGCCAGAGUUUGAAGACGUCG